AUGGCUUCCUCUGGAUUCUUGGAGAGCAGGAAGAUCAUUGAGUUCCCAGAAGAUGCUAAGCCAGGCUUGAGUCCUCCGGGUUCAUCCUCUGCGCUCAGGUGCAGCUUCUGUGGCUACGUGGCCAACGGCUUGACCAGCCUCCAGCAGCACGUGGCCUUGCACAGCCCCGCAGUGGCGGCUCUGCCCAACUCGGAGCUGAAAGCCGUUCAGCAGAGCCCACCAGAGACCCCCGCCAAAUCCCCUUUGCAAGAGGCGAGCGGGUCCCCUGCAGAGGAUGCGGGGGGCGCCUCUCCCCCCCAAGAAAGGAGCACUGCUGCCAGCUGGCUUGACGGGGCCCCCCCUGUGAAGGUCAAGGAGGAGCCUUUAGACGAGGAGGAAGAGCCACAAGGGGACCCCCAAGAAGAGGCGGCUCCUGAAGCCGAGGCCGAGGCGGAUGCGUCCCCCAGGGUGCCCUCACCCCACAGCCUGCUCUCAGUGAAGGUGAAGUCUGAGAUCACCAGCCCCACACCAGGAUCCAGCCCGGUGCCCACUGAGCUUGGCGCCAGCACCUCCGGGGGCACCGUCUUCCUGCCCCAGUACCUGUUCGGCCACGAAGCCUCUGUGCUGCCCCAGGCAUCCGAGAUCUUGGCCAAGAUGUCCGAGCUGGUUCACAGCCGCCUGAAGCAAGGCCACGGUGGGGUGCCGCCCGCCCUCUUCCCAGGCACCCCCGUGCCCAAGGGCGCCACCUGCUUUGAGUGCGAGAUCACCUUCAACAAUAUCAACAACUAUUACGUCCACAAGCGCCUUUACUGCUCCAGCCGGCGCCUGGCGGAGGAGAGCCCCUCGGUCCCGCGCAAAGCCAAGGCGGCGCCCCCUGCCCCUGCGCCCAAAGGCCCCUCCGCUGCCGGGCCACGCCUCUCGCCUGGAGAGAGCAGCGCAGCCCCAGAGGGGGAACCGGAGGGAAACGCCACCCCUCCCGCCCUAGAGAUCAAGCAAGAGGUCAAAGGGGAGGAAGGCACCGCCAAAGCCAGCCCCUCCCCAGAGACGGACGGAGCCGGGCGCAUCAGCGAGGGGAGCCCGAGCCCAGGGGCCAGCUCUGUGGAGGAACCAGAGGAUGACCCCAACCGGACCGUCUGCGAAGCCUGCAACAUCCGCUUCAGCCGCCACGAGACCUACAUGGUGCACAAGCGCUACUACUGCGCCUCCCGCCACGACCCUCCCCUGCGCCGGAGCAGUGCGGCCGGCAAGCUGCCCUUCCUCCCCCAGCCGAUCCGCACACGCAAACGCCGCAAGCUGUACGAGAUCCACAACGCCAGCAGACAAUUGGGGGCUGCCCCAGAGCUUCCCCGCCCCGAGGCGCCUCCCGUGGUCCCCUCUCUCAUUUCGGUGGUCAAGGCCACCCCGUCUCCCAGCUCGAGCCCAGAUGCUGAGGGCCCCAUCGACCUCAGCAAGAAGCCCCGGUUGAGCAGCGGGAGCCGGGUGCUCCCCGCCGCCCUCCUCCCCCUGGCGGACUACCACGAGUGCACGGCCUGCCGGAUCAGCUUCCACACCCUCGACAGCUACCUGGCCCAUAAGAAGUACUACUGCCCGGCCACGCCCUUGCAGACCAGCACCAUGGAGCAGCUGCAGAAGAUCAAGGGGGCCGUCCCAGCCCCUCGGAAGGCCCAAGACAGCCCGGAGGGUCGGGCGGAGGAACCCGAAGGGGUAUCGAUCAAGGUGGAGAAGGUGGUGCCUUCCGUGAGCCCCGUGGCUGCACCAGUCGGCUUCCCUGCCGCAGAGCCACUCCAGCUUCAGCAGCAGCGCCACCUGGAGGGCAAAGCUCAGCACCUCGCAGGCGCCAAGGUGCCCCUGGCCAUGUGCCCUUACUGCCCCGUCAACGGCACCGUGAAGGGAGACUUGGUAGAGCACUUCCGAAAUACGCACGGACUGUUUGUGACCAAAACAGCAGCAGGGCCCGCGUUGAUAGAGGCCACCCGGACGCUGGCGGAUGGCAGCCCGCUUCCCUCCCUCCCAGCCACCUCCCCGUCACAGCCAGCCCCCAGACUGCCCAAGGACAGCUUCAACGGCAAAGAGGCGCCCGUCCCUCCCCUGUCCAAUGGGAGCCCUCGACCCACAGCUUCUCCCCAGCCCCUCCUACCCCUCUCCCCCUCCGUCCCCGUGCCCCUCUCCCCACUGCCCGAGGCCCUGCCCAGCACCCCGCCUUCCGGGCAUACGGACAAAGCUGCGCAGACCCCUUCUGGCAAAGGGCUGGCCACCCCCGUGGCCAACGGCAGCCACCGCUUUUGCCGCCUUUGCAACAUCAAGUUCAGCAGCCUGUCCACCUUCAUCGCCCACAAGAAGUACUACUGCUCAUCGCACGCGGCCGAGCACAUCAAGUAGCACACCAGCCCUGCCUGUCCUUGUGCCCCGAGCAGCAUUGGCCUUCCUGGGAGUGGAGGCCUCUUGCCAGUCACGGCAGCCGAGGGGACUGCUCCCUCCUCCCCCCACAUGUGCUCUCUGCCCUUCGGUCUGGAACCCGGGAAGGUUUGGGUUUGCAUGAAGAGCAGCCGUGGAGGAGGGCCUUCCGUAGCAGAGCCUGAGAAGGGGGGAGAUUGAGGGCGCAGCAGGGACCCUGCUUCCACUGAAGCCCAGAGGCCCAAGGUGUGUCCCCGGGGGACUACUUUCUUCAGCCCGGCACACUAGGGUGCCCCCCCCCCACUCUCCCUGCUCUCAAGGCCGCGUUGUUCAGGGUUGGCUGAGGUAGGAUCUGAACAGCAGGUAUGAGCUGCACCGAAGGAGCUGCACGACCAGAAUGCCACUUGGAGGACCCGUCCCUCCGAAGCUCAACACAGCUCACUUGCAGGAAGAAUCGGAGGCCCCCCGUUGCUCCGUCUUCUUUUUCCAGUUUCUUUGGCACUUCCUCCCGCCCGACCCUUACCCCCUUAGUGGUGGUUUUGCUGCCAAGCAACUGCUACCACAGGGACCCAAGAGACAUUUCGGACAGCCCUUUCAGGUUGCAGAAUCUCGGCCUCGGAUCAAGCACGUGCAUGUUUCCCCCUUCAUUGGGGCAGGAGAUCUUCCUUGGCGUGCCUGGCACCCCCAUCCUCCUCUUCCUCCCCCCCACCGCCCCGCAGGGCCCAAGAUCAGAGGGCAAAGCCAAAAAGGCCUGAAUCCUGAGCACAAGGGGCCCCUCGGAGAAUUGGGGCUUCUGAGGGUGAAGAUGAGGGGACGGCCAUCCAGAUUUCAUUUGUAGAACCCCUGGGCAUUUCGUACAAGUCACCUUUAAUUUCAAUUCUUUUUUGGAACACCGACUAAAAACAAAACUCAGAUCAUCUAAUG